AUGGCUAAUCUUAGUGCACAAAGACGUGGACCAUAUUGUUUUAAAAUUCAAGGGCAAAUUUAUUAUCAAAUUAAUACUGCUUUAUAUCCUGCACCAAACGAAAUGCCAAGUUAUGGACAACUUUUUAUUGUAGAUAAUAAUGAAGCAACAGACUAUCGUUUACAACAAAAUUCAAAUCUUGAUGAAGAAAUUUUAUAUGCAAUAGAUAAUGUAAUGCGUAUAAAUAACAUCUUUGCACAAUCUUAUCAAAUGAUGCAUGAAGAAAUUCAAAAUCAGCAGCAAAUUGAAAAUCAAACUGUACAUGAACUACAAUUAGGAUUUUUAUCUAAAACAGGUAUUGAGCGUGGUCGAUAUAAUGUGCAAAGGGUAAAUGAAGUUGCAGCCAUUUUUACAACUACAGCAGAUGGAGAAAUACCCGAAACAUAUGUCACUAUUCGUAAUAAGAACAAUAAAAUAUUACGACAAGUUAGCACUAUGGAUCCAAAUGUAGAACCAUGGAUUUAUCCAUUAUAUUAUCCCUAUGGUAAUCAAGGUUGGCAUAAUGAUUUACGACAUAAAAACAGUAAUAAAAGAGUAAGUAGAGCUGCGUAUGUAAAGUAUCAAAUGGCUAUACGUGAUAAUUUUAAUAUUUUUAUUAUGGGAAGACGAUUAUUUCAACAAUGGGUUGUAGAUAAUUAUGUUAAAAUAGAAAAAGAUAGAAUAAACUACUGUAAACAAAAUCAGAAACAGUUAAGAGUUGAAACGUAUCAAGGAUUGAUCGAUUAUUUAGAAAGUGCUGCUAAUAAUGCUGGUACUCGGGUUGGAAAAAUGAUUAUUCUUCCAUCAACAUUUGUUGGUUCACCUCGUAAUAUGAUGCAACAUUAUCAAGAUGCAAUGGCUAUAGUUCGAAAAUAUGGAAAACCAGAUAUUUUUAUUACGAUGACAUGUAAUCCAAAUUGGCGUGAAAUACGAGAAAAUUUACUUUCAAAUCAGCAACCUGCAGAUAGACCAGAUAUAUGUGCUCGUGUAUUUAACAUAAAGAAAGAUUAUUUAGUUGACGUUAUAGUUAGACAACAAUUUUUUGGAGAAGUUAUGGCAUAUGUUUAUUCAUUUCAUCCUGAAACAACUAUGGAUGAAGACGGAUAUCCACAAUAUCGUCGAAGAAAUGAUGGAAUGUUGUACGAAAGACCUGGAAGAUACGUUGUUGAUAACCGUUAUGUUGUCCCGUAUUGUCCAAUGCUUUUACUUUUAUUUAACAGUCAUAUCAACAUCGAAAUAGUAUCGAGUCACGAUGCUGCAUCUGUAGUUAUUGGUGAAAACUUAGAUAAUAAUGUAAUAACUCAUGAUGAAAUUCGAGAUUUUAUUGAAGCUCGUUAUGUUGGACCUGUAGAAGCAUGCUGGCGUAUUUUAAGUAAACCUUUACAAGAAAAAAGUCAUGCUAUUGUACGUUUACCGGUACAUUUAUUAAAUGAGCAUAGAGCAACAAGUUUUCAAGAAUUAAAAACUGUUAACAAUGAAAUAUAUCCAACCUUUACUGCUGCAUGUUUAGCAUUAGGACUUAUAGAAGAUGAUGAAGAAUGGUACCGUGCAAUGAAUGAAGCAAAAGCUUGGAUGAUGCCUAAACGUUUUCGUAGAUUAUUUGUACGAAUUUUAAUUCAUUGUCAACCAGUUCACCCUAAAAAACUUUGGGAUGAAUUUAAAAUAGACAUGUCAGAAGAUUAUAUAAGACGAUAUGGAUCUAAAGAGGGAAUUAAGAAAGCUUAUAAUCAUAUUGUUAAUUUAUUACGUAUUGAAGGUUGGGAUAUUUGUAAUUUUUCUGAAAUGGAACAAAUAGUUGAAAAUUUUGAAAAUGAUAAUCGAGAAGAGAUUAAUAGAGAAAUGUUAAUAGCAAUAAUAGAUGGCAAGAACAAUUCCAAUACCUGUUUUUAUAUUGAUGGUCCAGGUGGUUCUGGAAAAACUUUUAUUUAUACAACUCUAUACUAUUUACUUAAACAUAGAAAAAAGACUGUAUAUACUAUGGCUUUCACUGGUAUUGCAGCAACAUUACUUCCAAACGGAAAAAUGGUACAUAAAGUAUUCGGAUUACCUGUACCUCUUUUUGCUGAUUCUACAUCAAACAUUAAAAAUCAAUCUAAAGAUGCUGACUAUUUAAAGUGUGUAGACGUGUUUAUUUUAGAUGAAGCACCUAUGGCUCCGCGUUAUGUACUAGAAAUAAUGGAUCGAACGUUACAAAAUCUAAGAGUUUUGUCACAAGAAAAGGAAUUCGCACAAUUUUUAUUAGAUUUGGGUAAUGGUUCUUUAAAUGAUCAAUUAGAUAAUGUACAAAUUCCAGAAAAAUGUAUAGUAGAUGAUAACGCAGAUAUGGUAAAAGAUAUGUAUAGAGAUAUCAUAACAUGUAGGCAAUAUAGAUCUCUUGCAAAUUAUGUUAUAUUAUCUGGAAGAAAUGUCGAUGUUAUUGAUAUAAAUGAAAGAGUGGUAAAUUUGUUAGAUGAAUCAACAGAGAGACUUUAUACAAGUGUAGAUACUGUUGAAACUACUAAUGAUAAUGAAAAAAUCUUAGUAUCAGUGAAGGAUUGUGUAAUGGUACUAGAUUAA